AGAGGCUGAUUAACGAGUGGGAGAAAGAGGGAGCGAGAGAAAGGAGCUAUCACAACAGGUUGUUGGUGGCAGAAAGAACAAGGGAACAACGAGGCAGAAGGAGGAGUGGGUUAAUAGCCAAGGUGACUUUCACUAUCAAAAGAAAAGCAGCCUGUAACUGAAUACGCUGAUUAGUACCUAGCUAGCCGACUACCAACUAAAUUGUUUUAUUUCUUAACUUUCAACUAGUACUCUGGAGUGUAAAGAGAAUAGUUUAUUCAUGUAUUUUUCCUAAUUAUUAUUCCGUUUUUGUUUUGUGGAAAUCGAAGCGGUUACUAUGUCGGGGGCGAACAGUGAUCAGUUACAUAGGUCUACAUUGUCUGUGUACGCGAACCUGAUGGAACAGUUCAACCCAGGCCUACAGACGCUAGUUACAUUAGGAAACAGCUAUGUCAAGGCUUUCCAAGCCUUGGCUGUUACCAGUGAGGCUUACUUUAGUGCUGUAGCGAAGAUGGGAGAACAGGCCCUUCACACACUCUCCUCUCGUUCACUUGGAGAUGUCCUGGUACAGAUAUCUGAGACGCAGAGAAGACUCACAGCUGAGAUGGAGGGAGUGAUUCGAUGGUUCCAGGUAGAAGUUUUACAGGCCAUGGAGAAGAAUGUCAAGUUGGAUGAAGAGUACAUUGACGGCAGUCGCAGGGUGUAUGAGCUGGAGGUGAGGAACCAGGCAGAAGCUCUGGAGAGACAGCUGAGAAGAGGAGCCUUCAGAGACUCACUGGAGCACAGUGAGUACAUGCAGUACCUGAGACAGAGUCAACAUGACAUUAUGAAGGAGGAGGAGAGGAGAUAUCGCUUCCUGGCAGAGAAACACUGCGGACUGACACAGUCACUGCUCUUCCUCAUCAACAAGACAGGGGCUUCCCUACAGCAGAAGGCUGAUGGAUGGAAGGAGAAAGUGAACGAGACACGAGGCUCCAGACCCCGUAGCCCCACCCACCCUGACCAGGAGGAACAGCUGUGUGGCUCAGUGAGCUCUCUGCUGCAGACAGUAGAUGAGGACAGAGACAUGUCUUGGGCCAGGAGAGAACAGCAGGCCCUGGGGAGAGUGCCCUCUAGAGCCCCGUCCCCCCUCCACAGCCGAUCCCGCUCCUCCUCAGUGGGUGAGUCUCUGGGUCUGGGUGGGGGUAGGACCAUGAGAGCCCUGGUGUCCCACCCACCCUCCUCCAACCCCAAACUCCUACCCUUCACCCGGGGAGAGAUGGUCACCGUGUUGGUCCAGGAGCCGAGGAAUGGGUGGCUGUAUGGGAGAACGGAUAGCAGCCUACGCCAGGGCUGGUUCCCAGCAGCUUAUGUUUCUUCUAUUGAGGAGUUCUCUAACCUCUUGGGAUCCAGUGGCACUUCCUUGAGGAGCCACAGCAUGAACAACCUAUUGGAUCCCUCUGACACCUCCAUGGGCCAAUCAGAAAAGGCCUACGGUGAUGUGGCGCCCCCUACCACACCCACUCGCAGGGCCUCCGUCGACUUCCGACCAAUCUCUCCCCUCCCUGAGAGGAGGGCGGAGCCAGAGAUUGUGACGAGAACAAAUAGCCUGAAAGGCUACAAUGAGCUCCCGCCCCCUCCUCCUCCGCCCCCGCCACCUCCAACAACAAUGUUCCGGAGGGGGUCAGCUGACUGUCGACCAAUCCAGCCUACUUUCCCGGAGAGGACAGCAGAAUCAUUGUCACCCCUUGGAGCUUCUGGAGAAAACCUACUCUUUCCCAGGGGAACCAACCCCUUUGCGACAGUGAAGCUUAAACCAACAACCACCAAUGACAGAUCAGCACCCAGGACCCACUGACCAAUCAGCACAGAGAUGUCGACGUCAAGAAAAGCUGACGUCCUUGAGUUUGGCAUUGAGUCUAUUUUUAGAGAAAUGAUGUAGAUCGUCUAAUCGUGUAAAAAUAUAUAUAUUUAUUUGUACUAUUAUGCGAUUUAAGAAUAGCACUUUGUCACAUUGUUUGUGUGUUUCGAUAGAUUUUCCAAUGGUUUACUAAUGGUUCGAUCUAGGAUGCUUUUAUUGUGAAAUAGAUACUUUAAUUUUGAAAAUAUCUAAAUGAAUCGUCUCAUUUGUGCAUCCCUUGUUCUACAGUAUAUUAGUGUCCAGUCUAGUUUAUAUUAAAUCAUUAAAUAAUAAGAAAUAAAAUAGUCAUUUUACUCAAGGUGUUUUAUUUCUUAGUAUUUCUUAUUUUGAAUAAUUUCUCUCUCUUCACCACUCUACCUCUUUAUUUAUACAUCUCAUCACCAGACGAGAGAGGAAGGAGGAAAUGAGGGAGGGAGAACAGGAAGGAGGGUACAAGUAUAUGUGAGGUGGAAAAAAGAAAGAAUGAGAGACACAGGUUGUUUUGGUUCAGUCCCCAAAAAAUGGCACUCUAUUAAAGAUAGCACCCUAUUCCCUUUUGGCACCCUUUGGAAGUAGUGCACUAUAAAGGGAUUAGGGUGCCAUUUGAGUAAGGUGACAUAGGGUCCAUAGAUGGCUAGAGAGGAAAGGGAAGGUGUCUGGUACAUUAUAUCUACAGGAAAGGUUUUCUUUUAAAAUGAGACAGUCAUGAGGUUUUCAAAUCAAUACAGGACAUAUAUACAGGAUGUUGGUGUGGUAGAAAAACAUACAAAUAAAUACAGUAGUGCUUGUUGGGGAGUCCCCUCUCUACCUCCCCUGGUGGACGUAUCUGGUACUGUUUCUGGUUAGAGAGACUGGGCCUGCGUGGUGUGGAGUAGGGUGAAGUAGCCUUGACGCUGAUCUUGGGUCAGUUGGCAUUUUUCCCCGACUAAUGGUUAAGGUUGGGAGGAUUGGGGAAGGUAAUCCUAGAUCUGUGUCGAGGAGAAACUUCACCCUGGACUGGAUGGUGCUUUUUGGGUGACGGGGGGGGGGGUUGCAUUUAAAA